AUAUUGCCUGUCUAACUAAUGAGUGGAUCAAAUCCUGUGGAUGAUAUAGUUGACAACACUAGACUAACACGUUCAGGAACAAGUAUAAUCCCGUACGUGUUCAAGACCCUAGACGAGGAAGAAUUAAGACGGAUUCGUGCUGAACGCAGAGCCCGUGCUCUCGCAGCAUCGAGAGCAACAGCAAAUGCCGCAGCUAGGGAACAGGCUGCCGCAGCAGCUAGGGCAGCAGCCAUGACUAGCUCAGCAGCAUCCUCUGUGGCUUUGUCAGGGACUAAUGGGAUGAGUGUGGGAAUGCCAACUAGUUCCACAAGUUCCUCGGGCACUUCCGGAUCAACAGGUUCUAGACAGUCUACUAGUCAGAUGGCGGGCUCGCAGUACAACCCACUGACCGCACGUGAACGGGAACUCAGGGAACUCCAACAGGUCGAAAGGGUCCGCGAAAGGUUAGAAAGAGAACUGAAAGAGACUACUGAUAGAGAAAAAGAGAUAAAGACUAGAGCUGCCAGGCUUGAUACACUAGAGACUGACAAAGCUGAGUUAGAGGGAUUGGACGAAACGGGUUUGUCUGACCCCAUGAAAGUGUUGAAGAACAACAUGUUGUCACUGCACGCGCAUGUAGACAGCAGGUUGGACUUCAUGCAGAGCACUUUGGACCAGAUCCUGGAUGUAUUGACAAGGCCAGGAUUCAGGCCACCAGCACACUCGUCGUUGCCGUUAACGGCGAUGUCAGGUCCCUUUCCCGUACAAGCUGGCACACAGCCAAGUGGUACGUCUGCAGCAGUCUCACAGACUGUUGCGCUUUCUUCUUCGAGUCCGGUGGUGAUUGCUACAUCACCACAACAACCUGUUCAACAAUCUGGACAGCCACAAGGCCAAUGGUAUCCCAAGACCCCAAUUAAACCGCCUCUUGCCUUCUUAGACGAGAGAAAGGACGAGGAACUCAACACAUGGUUGAGGACAGUCCCGGUUUGGGUGAAGGCCAAAAGGACCUUGCCAGAGGAUGAGGUGGUAAUUGCGGCGUCUUACCUAGAGGGUAAGGCAUCCAAGUGGCUAGAUGGUGUAGUUGUGAAGGCCGGGUACGGGCGACGCAUGGCGGAUUGGGCUAAGUCUUUGACCUUAGACCAAUUCAUGGAGAUGGUAGAAGCUCGAUGGCAUAACUUACAGGAGGCUCAAAGGGCCACUGAUGCCAUUAACAAACUUGACCAACGCAAGUUCAGGUCAGUUAGGGAGCUUACGAUUACCGUGGAGGGCCUGAUCCUCGUCCCGGGCAUCAACUACAGUGACCAGUUCCUGUUAACAACUUUUGUUAGAUGUCUUCCAAAGAAUAUCAGGAACUUACUGGCCAGUGAAGCACGCACCGAGUACCACUCGUUUGAGACAUUGUCUAGGAAGGCCUUAGACUUAGAGGCAACACUAGGCAAUGCUCAACCCACCUCAGGGAACGACUCAAAGAAGAAGAAGAGUCCCCAGGAGUGGAAGAAGAAGGGGGCGAAGUUGAUGAUGGUUGAGUCAGAUGGGACCCAAACUGAAAUCGACGAGCUCUCUGAUUUGGUGGACUAUUCAGAGUAUGCGAGGAGGUAGCUGAGGGUAGCACCCUCGCCGCGGUAGUAAAGACUAAGGCAGGUAGCCGAG